AUGGAAUCCACUGGGACUAAUGACGACAUAUAUGGCAACUUUGAAAUGGAAGAAGUUGAUAAAAACAGUUAAGUAUCACAUUAAACCAUGAACACAUAACAUCAUAUACUGCUAAAAACAUCCAGCAUAUGUUAGAAUACUGAAAACUGGUGAAGAAAAAGAUCCAUAAUUAUUGUUUGUCGUGUUUUACUUGAUAUUUUUCUGUCUUGUGUUUAGGUUUACUUAAUAUGCUGCAUUGUCAAACAAUGCUUUUAUUUUGAAGGAUAUAAAGUUUUAAUACUAAAUUAAUUUGCAACUCUACAAGCUUUUAUUCUGUUUUUGAAUCCACAAAAAGUCACCACCAUCCAUUUUAAAAGUGCCCAAUCGAGUACCAAUGAACUCACCGAAUGCUUUUUAAAAAAUGAUACCAGUACUUUUAUUUAUUUGUAUUUUUUCUAAUAAUAAUAAUGAUGGUUAUUAUUAUUACCAAAUCGGCUGCUUUAAUUUCCAAAAACUGGGAAAACAGAAACAUAGAUUGCCAUUUUUCAGGGAUAACAAUGAUUGAAAGCACCUGAGAAAGUGUUUGCACGGAGCAUGUGAUGAAGUACAUGGCAAAGGAAAUGCAAACAGUGGCACCAGGGGAAAAAAACACCCCUAUCUUACCAAUGAGAGCCAUAUGUGCAGUUGUACAGUUUUUCUUGAACAAAAAUACAAAAUCAGCUUAAUUUAAAAUGCAUUCUGUCAGCAGAGGCUUCCAUGAAGCUGCCCUUCUGUGUUAUCUUCUUAAAUAGAGUUGGACUCCCAACGGACCAGUGAUUACCUCUAAAAGGUUGACAAUAAAAUACUUUGUGUGCAAAGCAUGACUUAAGGUAAAAGAGUGAAUAUCUAUGAUUGUUUAGAGAGGAAACCGUUCCAAACUGCCAGAGGGCUUUUACCUUACUCUGAUUACAGAGCUUGAAUAAUCACUCGUCAAGCUACUAUUGGUCAAGCGUGGUCACCUGACCAGGUCUGUGUGAGGCAUGUAAGACACAUAGGAGACGUAAGGCAUCAGAGUAUUUGGAACAUAGAGGGAGAAAAUAAAACAAUAAUAAUAAUAAUAACAUUUAUAAUAAUAAUAAUCAUAAUAAUAUUUCAGUAAACAGUAUUAUUAGUUUUUAUUAUUAUUAUUGUUGUUAUUAGUAGUGGUAGUAGUAGUAUUAAUUACUAUUACUUUUAACAGUAUUAUUAUUAUUACUAUUAUUAAUAAUAAUAAUAAUAAUAAUAAUAAUAAUAAUAAUAGUAAUGUUGUUGUUGUUACUAUAAAUAAUAACAAUAAUUGUAAUAAAAAAAACAACAAUAACAAUAAUAAUAAUAAUAUGUCUUUUAUAUGGUGGAUUUUUACCUGGACUACCAACUGUUUACUGAAAUUUAGGAAAGAAAGAGAAUAAGUGUUGACCUUGUUUUUGUUAUUUUCUAAUAAGGGGCUACUCAAAGAAGAAAUAAGCUGCCACCAAAAUGUGGGACUGUCUGUGUUGGACUACUUUUGGCUCUCCUGGUUGUUGGUAACAUAGGACAGCUUGUCUAUCGUAAGUCACUUGACCCUCAUUUUGUUGUCAUUUAAUACAAAAAGGAAACAAACAUUUCACUGAUAUGAUACAGAUACCUAUUUGUAGUAUUUAUGAUGCUAACUAGUAAUUAAUUGCAUUUUGCAGAUGCUGUCUCUUCAACAGAUCGAGAAUAUUACAACAACCAAAGAGAAGAACUGCAGAGAAAUUAUGAAGCUAAACUGGGGAACCUGUCUGAUGAGGUACAGACCACUCAUCUGAUCAGAGAGGCAAAGGCCAGAGAAUUAACCCAACAGGUCAGAGACAUAGUGACCAUGAUAGCUAAAGGUGAGAUAACUCUCAUUAACUUUUAAAUGCAUGGCCUAGAUAUUUGUAGCUUUUACUGAUGAUUUCUCUGUUUCUCCAUUUCAAGGCAAAAAUUGUGACACAGGCUGGAAGAAGUACGGUCUCAGCUGUUACUUUGUUUCAACGGCAAAGAAAAACUGGGCUGCAAGCAGGGAAGACUGCAAGGCUCAAGGGGCUGACCUGGUCGUCAUAAACAGUGAAGAAGAAAAGGUGAGAAGGGAGGGAACAAGGGAGCAUGCAAGGGAGCCAGCUAUACUGCAAGCAAAGUAACAGGCAUGCAAGCAAAAGAGAAAAGAAGUCAUCAAAAAAGCAUGCAAAGGAAAAAAAAAACGGGAAAAAAUAAAUUUAAAAAAGCCAAAAAGUGAGACAGCAAAACAAAAAAAGGGAAUUAGCAAGCAAGGAGGCAAAAUAAAAACCCUAAAGAGCAGAAAAGAAUUAAGAAACUAAAGAAGUAAGCAAGCAGGAAAGCAACGAAGCAAGUAGAACAGGAAGAAAGAUUGCAAGUGAGCAAGAGUACAAGAAAGCAAACAAGCAAACAAGAAAGCAAAAAGGCAAGCAAGGAACAGAGGAAGCAAGCAUUUGGAAAAAAAGGGCAAGAAAGCAUAACAAUGGGAAAACAGUCAUCACAAUAAUUUCAAUUAAAAAGGAUUACAUAUGGAAGAAUAGGAGAAAGAUGAAAUACAGAGGAGCUGCCUUCCAUUGAUCGAUGUAUUUGGUUUCAGAAUGUGAUUAGUUGGUACUGAAAGUACAGUGAAGCUCAUGGACAAAAACGUUCUCAACAGUUUACAGAAAGAAGUUCUGCUUUGAUAGGAGAGCAGUUCAUAUGUCUGACAUACAGCAGAGCAUAUAUAUAUAUAUACACAGUGCAUCCGGAAAGUCUUCAUACCACUUCGCUUUUUCCAUAUUUUGUAUUUUGUUACAGCCUUAUUCCAAAAUGGAUUAAAUUCCCUUAUUCCCUAAACAAUUCUACACAAAAUACCCCAUUAUGACAAAGUGAACAACUUUUAUUAGAACAUUUUGCAAAUGUAUUAAAAAUAAGAACACUCAAAUGUUGGAUAUACAUAAGUAUUCACACCCUUUACUCAAUACUUGGUCGAAGCACCUUUGGCCACGAUUACAGCCUCCAGUCUUCUUGUGUAUGAUGCAACAAGCUUGGCACACCUGGAUUUGGGGAGUUUUUCCCCCAUUCUUCCUUGCAGAUCCUCUCAAGCUCAGUGAGGUUGGAUGGGCAGCGUCGGUGCACAGCUACUUUCAGGUCUUUCCAAAGAUGUUCAAUCGGGUUCAAGUCUGGGCUCUGGCUGGGCCACUCAAGGACAUUCAGAGACUUGUUCUGAGGCCACUCCUUUGUCUUCUUGGCCAGGUGCUUAGGGUCAUUGUCAUGCUGGAAGAUGAAGCGUCGCCCCAGUCAAAGGUCUCAAGUGCUCUGGAGCAGGUUUUCAUCAAGGAUUUCAAUAUACUUAGCUGCAUUCAUUUUUCCCUCGAUCCUGACAAGUCCCCUAGUUCUUGCCGCUGAAAAACAUCCCCACAGCAUGAUGCUGCCACCACCAUGCUUUACUGUAGGGAUGGUAUUGGCGAGGUGGUGAGCGGUGCCUGGUUUCCUCCAGACAUGACGCUUGGCAUUCAGGCCAAAGAGUAACAUCUUCGUUUCAUCAGACCAGAGAAUUCUGUUUCUCCUGGUCUGUGAGUCCUUCAGGUGCCUUCUAGCAAAGUCCAAGCGGGCUGUCAUGUGCUUUUUACUGAGGAGUGGCUUCUGUCUGGCCACUGUACCAUAAAUGCCUAAAUGGUGGAGUGCUGCAGAGAUGGUGGUCCUUCUGUAGGGUUCUCCCAUCUCCUCAGAGGAACACUGGAGCUCUGUCAGAGUGACCAUCGAGUUCUUGGGCACCUCCCUGACCAAGGCCCUUCUCCCCCGCUUGCUCAUUUUGGCUGGGCGGCCAGCUCUAGGAAGGGUCCUGGUGGUUCGAAACGUCUUCCAUUUCUUAAUGAUGGAGACCACUGUGCUUUGGGAUCUUCAAUGCAGCAGAUAUUUUUCUGUAACCUUCCCCAGAUCUGUGCACCGAUACAACCCUGUUUCGGAGGUCUACGGACAAUUCUUUCAGCUUCAUGGCUUGGUUUGUGCUCUGUCAGCUGUGGGAUCUUAUAUAGACAGGUGUGGCUUCCCAAAUCAUGUCCAAUCAGCUGAAUUCGCCACAGGUGGACUGCAAUCAAGUUGGAGGAACAUUUCAAGGCUGAUCAUUGGAAACAGGAUGCACCUGAGAUAAAUUUUGAGUUUUCUAGCAAAGGGUGUGAAUACUUAUGUAUAUGCAACAUUUGAGUAUCUUAUUUUUAAUAAAUUUGCAAAAUGUUCUAAAAAAAAAAAAGUUUUUCGCUCUGUCAUUACUGGGUAUUUUGUGUAGAAUUUUUGAGGGAAAAAAGGAAUUUAAUCCACACACACACACACAUAUAUAUAUAUAUAUAUAUAUAUAUAUUAUUUAAAUCAAUGGUUUUAUCUUAAUAUUUGCUAAUUUGAACAGGCACCUACAUCUCAGAGGCUCUCUGUGAUCAUGUUACAAAUUCAUCCUGUUUAACAAAUUUAUAAAUGUAAGGUUAGUCUUUGAUGAUUUACUCAGAUUUUGCUAUGGAGGGUGAAAACUUGUGGUUUGACUACAUUUGUGUCUCUUGUGUGUGUGUUAUUAUGACAGGAUUUUGUCACUGGGCUUGUGAAUGGACCUGAGGACUGGAUUGGUCUGACUGACAGUGCUCAAGAGGGGUCUUGGAUGUGGGUGGAUGGGACCCCCGUCACCACUACGUAAGUUUUCAUGCUGGGCUGGACCUGCUGUAUUCUUUAUUUUAAAGUGAUUUAAUGAAGUUUUUAGCAUCAGUAUAUUUAGUCUCUUCCUGAUAUACUCUACUGGUAUUUAUAAAACCAGGGAAAUAGCAGCAGGAUAUGAAAGUAAUUCAUCAAUCUUUUCAGUUGCACUUUGGCUCAUGGAAGAGCAUAUCUGACUGGAGAUAGGGUACAGGGGUAAUGUCUCUGACAUCUUGUUCAUCAGGUACUGGUCGGGUGGACAGCCCAACAGUUCUAAAGGGGACCAGGAUUGUGGAGAGAUGUGGAAGGACAGCAAGCAGAAGAAAGGAUUGUGGAACGAUGAAGACUGUUCUUUGAACAACACCUGGAUCUGUGAAAAGAAACUCACAUUUGAAUGA